AUGGAAGAAACCCUAGAACAUCAUGUCACAUCAUUAACAGCUAUUUACAUAUUCUUCUUCAUGGCGGCUAUUCAGUACAUUGAUAGGUCCUUAGCACUCAAGAAGAGGAAAGCAUCCAUGAGCGAGAAGGAUCUGAAAUUGUGUGCAGAGAUAAAAAAACUGUUGAAAGAGGCAGCAGUUUUGUCACAGCCUUCAACGUUUGCUCAAGCUGCAAAACUUAGGAGAACAGCAGCAGCCAAGGAGAAAGAACUUGCAAAAAGUCAAGAGCUACUGACCAUGGAGAUGAAAACGUCAUUUGGGUUAUAUGAGAGAAUUCUAAUGAUUGUGAAGAUUGUUGUAUUUCUUGCACUUACCUUGUGGCAUUGGCGUGCUCCUGUUGCUGCCAUAUCCAAAGAACUUGUGCAGCCUUUUGGGUGGUUUUUAUCUUGGACAGCUGGAGAUUCUUUCAGCGACAAUGUUAUGAUUGGUAUCGUCCCUUGGUUGAUAUUAUCUAACAAAGUCGGCAGAUAUUUAGUUAAGAAAAUCUUGAAGUUGGCUUAA